GUCUAUGUUUCUUGCUCCGCUGCUGCUCGCGCCGGGGCCGCUGCCCUCCUCGCCGCUCGCUCCCGGCUGGUCUGUUGCUUCGCUAGAGCUUCCGUCCGCGUCGCUUGGCGUGGCCAUCGGCGUCUCCGCCACGCUCGCUGCGUUCGCGGUCCAGCGCCAACGUGAGAAGGAUGCCGCGCCAGCGCGAUCGUACAGCGACCUGAUCAGGCGUGGCCGAUCGACCAGCGCGCCAGCCUUUCGCGACGCUUCCGGCGCAGAGAGUCGGCUCUCGCCCGGCGCACGCGCCAUGCUGCAGCGCGCGUACGACAAUAUCGAGAGCGAGCGCGAGGAGGCGUUGCGAGUCGGCGACACGGAGGGCGCGGCCGAGUUGACGCGUGUGCUGCUGCAGCUGAAGCCGCUGCCGGAGGGCGUGAAGCUCGAUGUGGAGGAGUCGCUCUCUGACUACCGCCGCUGGCUCGACCCAAACUCGCUCCGUGAGGGCCCGCUGGGGCCUGGCAGGUAGCCGCGGGGCGACGGCCGAGAUGCGGAGGGACCUGUCGUACAUUGUGCGAGAUUCUCGCGCGGUGUCUGAGCUCUGCUGGUCUUGCGGACUCUUUGUUACACGUAGCUUCUCUGUGGACUGUGAAUCAGCCUGUGUUUGAGAGUUUUGAGGAAAUCCGGGGACGCGACCACACUUUUGUUGCACACGUGAGACGUGUGAG